AAGCCAAAGCACAGCUGGCCAGUAAGAAUGGCAAGAAGCCUGAGGGAGCAGGGGGAAGCUCCUUCUUCACCUGGUUCAUGGUGCUGGCCCUCCUGGGUGUCUGGACCUCUGUGGCCGUCGUCUACUUCGACCUGGUCGACUACCAAGGCGUCAUCGGUAAGUGACACCUUAAAUACACACACACACACACACACACUGAGGUUGUAAUAAUAUUGUGACAAUGAUAAUGCGCUUUUAGUGUAAGAGCUGUUUGAAAAGACUGGCAGAAUAUUUUUGGGACAUCACCAGGCGGUAUGAGUUAAUAGACCAAUAACAAAGAGUUUGCCCACCUCUGCAAAUAACAGCUCGUUUUCAGGUUACAUAUCCCUCCCAAUUAGGCUCUCCCAAUAAGGCCCCUCACUCAGGCCACUCCCUCAGGCCACUCCCAGACAGUACUAGCAAAAGUCUUGCUUGAGAAAUUGCUUUUUGACAAUUUUAAUUGAAAGCAAUCACAGUAAGGUACUUAAUUCUAACCCAUAAAUGAUUUGAUAUUGAGAUAAAAACAGCUGCAUUGGACCUUUUAACAGGAAACACAACUGCUACUGCAGCAAGGCUAAAUUUCUUGCUAGCUACAGCAUUCUGUCACAGUCAGUUGAUAAAACCUUCAGCCUUCGCCACAAUCAUGAAUACCAUUGAGGAAUAACCCAAAGUGAUACUGAGUGCUUUGAUGCAUUUUAUCAUUGAACUUUCAACUUCUCAACCUUGACGUAGUUUUAUCUUUGGUGCAUGUGUGCCAUUGCUCAGUGAGGGGAUCUGAAUAUGCCUGUUCACUAAUUAUGUUUUGGAUCUCAAAUUGAUGCUUAAUUAAUAAUUUAUUAAUCUUGUAAAUAUUGUAAUUUCUCCAAUGUUAAUUUUUUUGUCUGGUCUUAAUCUUGCAUGCAGCCAAGGCAAAGGACUUGCACAUUAACCUCUCUGAGACACUGCAAGGUAUGAUAUUUGCGCCCAUGAUCAUGCCCCCAAAUAAUAAUGUGUCAACCAUGAGACUCACCAACCCUCCUGUCCAAAUUGAAAUAAUCAAUUUAUUUCCCAUACACUUUCCUUAUUUCCUAAUCACUUGCUUUCGACUAAAUUCUUAUUGCAUGUAGAGAUAACAUUUAAAAGUUGCAUUAGUAUUUUAUGACCCCGUCAUAGAAGAGAUUUUUUUUAGUAGUCACACUGUAUUUUUGAAUAAUUAAUACCAAUCAAAUAAGUUUGAUAUAAUGCAAUGUAAAUGAACAAAUGUUGGCAAAAUAAUAUUUUGAAUCAUCCCUUCCUUGCUCAUAUUUAUUAAAAUAAGACAUAGUUAAUAACGUUAUUUUACGUUCCGGGCAUUUUUUUACGUCCCACCAACGCGCCUGUGCCAAAGCCCUCACUCUGUCACUCUAACUUAUUCCAGUGUCUGCCUGCCAGCUGAAAAUCUUUGCAUGUGCAACUUGCCCCUCCCCCUCUGAAGCUUAGGCUACUGUAACCUACUGACGUUACAAGCGUGAUUCAGAAAUUGGGGAGAUUUUUAAUUAGAGAAGAAUGGAUUAACUUUUUCAGUGCUAGUUAUGGAUACUAUAGAAUCACAUUUCACGUUGGAUUUAUUAACUACUAAAAGUUAAGAAUUGUUUUUAAUUCUGCACUAACAAGCUUGUUAGCUAACUAGCUCUGGUCCAACUCUCAGAAUUUCAAAGACAUUAAAAGUUCCUCCAUAGAAGCCGUUCCUCUGUAGGUAUAAUUCAGUGGGCCUAAUUCCGAUAAUGCAUGUCAUAAGAUGCCCAGCGCUUCAAGCAAAGCCUCCUCCUCCACCCACUCUCGCUCUCUCCCCGCAAAAUUUCAGUCGCAUCUCGCGCCCUACACUUGGUUGUCUAUUGCGCAUUGUAAACAACUAUUGCCUAGGCAGCCUAUAGCGUCCAGGCUACAACGACUAGGCCUAUAGCUUGCACGCUCCAUAGCAAACUCCUGUAUCCACAUUGAUUAGUGAAGUAACUUAUUAAAAAUAAAAAAUAAAUGUAAAAAUGUAAUUUAAUGUCAAGCUAAUGUAAAUUUUUGUUCAGGACUUUAUUUUUUUAUUUUGCCAGUCGGAACAGUUGAACGGAACAAACAAAAUAAUGGUUAGUUUCAGAAUGAAACGAUUGAAAAAUAAUUUUGGUUCCAACCCCUGGUUGUUAUUUGUACCUCAUCAUUAAAACAUUUUAAAUAUUGAAAUGCUAACAUGUUACUAUAAGGCUAAUCUCUCAUGUGCAGAUUCUGCGCGUAGACUCAAGGUAUUCUCGGAUCCCGAAAUUGAGAUCUGAACCGACUUGGAUCCGUGAAAUUCCUAUCCAACACUGACAGGAACCAGUUAUUUUCUUUUGAAAGUCCGUAUCCGAUUCGGAGCCGAGGUAGACCAGAUCCUAUCCAAAAUAUGUCAGAUGAAUCGGAUCCAAAUUGGGUCGGGUCUGUAUCGUACCCCAAUGGAUCUGAAAUAUAAAAAAUGCUGCUUUAUUGCUGCGCAAGCCUUGUCUGGCGUUAAGGUUUCACAUGCAUUUCCUGUUGAAGGCCUAUUUAAAAUAAUUGAGUAGUGGUCUACACUACAGCUUAUAAUUUUGAUAAAUGACAUCCCUAAUUUAGAAUGUUGACACGAAGAAGGGAAGCGUGUGUUUGGUGAAGGCUCACUAGUAGGCACAUCUCUCUUCAGAAUGCGCUCUGUCUCCCGCUAAUUCGUGCGCAUUCAUUGUUUAAUUUUGUCAAUUCUUGGCCCUAUGUUAAUGUUUGUAAUUUUUUUGCUUGAGCACGCAUAGAAACGCCUGGCCUGUAUACCAAUUACCCCACUGAAGACAUUCUUUAAAAAAGUAUACUCUGCCAUAAGACUUUAUAUGGGCAAAUAAAACUCAGAAUAAAAAGGAACGUUUUAAAUCUCCCUAAAUCUGAGGGUGGUUUUAAUUGUACCCAAGGCUUUUACUUUUGACAUAUUGUUAAAUGCACUAAAUAGGAAUUAUUGAAGAUGCGCAUGCUCACCCCCAGAAUCCAGUGUCUAUUUUCAAAGAACAUUAACAACUUCAUAGUUAAGAAACACUAUAAAAAUAUGGAAGAAAAUGAAACAGAUUCUACAAGAACCAAUAUCACUCCCAAAAAACACAACCCUAUGGAACAAUCCUUGGAAACUGUAAAUUACUUGGUAAUGGGAAAUAAGUUCAUUUCCAUGACACAAUUAAAAAGUAAUUUUGGACUGGCCAAUGUAGAUAUUUUCAAAUACAUGCAACUUAAAAGUUUAAUAUCACAAUUUCGAUUUGUAAUAUUUUGGACAUCAGAGCAAUCUUGAGGGAAUCCUAUUAGUCAGAAAAUGAUAUUCAUAUGAUAGGGAAGAUACAAAACCUUGCAGAGUCUAUCCAACUGACAACCUCUUAGAAUUUUUUUUAAACUAUUGGAACCAAGACUUAAAAAUAACUGAUAUUGGCACAAGAUGCAAAGAAUGUUGGGGGGGGGGGGGGGCAGCAGAGUUUUCCUUUUGCGAGGGUGGAGACUUCGUUUUUGCCGGAGCUCUCAAUUUCUAACACAUAUAGAGCCAGAAGUUAAUCACGCAGCUGACCAAAUUAUGCAAGAUUUUAUGUCUGGUUAACCAAGAUUUUAUGUUUUAUUAGUUUCAAAAACAAAAAAAGGGGGGGGGGGGGGGUUACUAUAAUGCUAAUGUGAUCAUAAAAAAAAAUUACUAAACGGUAAUAUUGCUUAUCAUAGAAAUUAAGAGCAAUACUUCUGGAAAUGCAGAAAUUAACAGUAAUGAUUAUCCUAAAUCAUCAUCCAAGAACGAUAGCAAUUAACAUAUUGUUUUGUUAUUAUAACCUAAAUGCUAGUAACCCCCAUCCUAAGCAAUUCCAUUGCGUAGGGUAUACCCACCCACAUUUCACCGUACAUACCCAACCCCCAUUGACCCGUGGCUAAAGACUAACUCCGGUUACUUUACUAGGUAAACUUUCGUCCUAUGAUGCCGAUGGAGAUGGUGACUUCGAUGUGGAGGAUGCUAAAGUACUGCUAGGCAAGUUCAUCGAUUUGAACUGGAUUGUUAUUUAUUGACGUGUGUUUGUGUGAUUACAUAACUGAUUUGGGUUUCUUUUGCAUGACUGACUUUGGUUUAACUGAUCUCUGCCACAAGAGACUAUUUUAGUCAAUUCUACCAAACUGGACAAUUAAUCAACAAGGUCUGCAUGUGCAUGGUGUGAAAAGGUGUUUAGGGUUCGAUUCCAUACUGACUAUUGCGUUUCAGGCCCACACCACUGACAUGGCAUGCAGUUAUCACAAGUCCUGGUAGACAUGCACCACAAUUGGCACAGGGCCAAACUGCUGCAUACUUUAAGAAUUACUCAGUCAUAACAAGGACUUCUGUGUUCUCUCAUCUCUAAGUCGCUUGUUAAAUGAUUUUAAAGUUGCUAAUUUCUUUCUAAUCAAAAGGGAAGAACCGACUUCAGGAGUGUUUGCUCCAAUGAGUUGGUUCCAUGUUCUGGUACUCGGUCUACUCUGCUGCUGUCUGCCAUAAAGACUACUGCUCUGCUUUGUCACCCAGACCACUGCCUGUCUGGCACAGCUGUGGUCCCCCUGCUGCUAGUGAUAGAUUCUAUAGAGGCCCUCUGCAUGCCCACCCCCCUCUAGGCUAUGCUAUUGCUUUUCUCUCCUCUCUUUAGUCUCUAACUCUGCUUCAUGCUACCUUAGACCUGCAUAGUUUCCCUCGCUGCCUGACCUCGCUUAAAACUUUCCUCCCUUUUUCCCUGCUCCACCUUUUUCUCUUUCUUUUUCUUCCUCCCUCCCUAUCUCUCUUUCCUUGUUUUCCCCUCUGUUUGCGUAGGCCUGACCAAAGAUGGCAGUCAGGAAAGCUCGGACUCCCUCGAGGAGGUCCUGGAUAUGUUAGCAGAGGAGGGCUCCGAUUGGUUUCAAGGCUUCUUCACCUUCCUCUAUGGCCUCAUAAACCCGUUUGAGGAUGAGGAGGAAGCGGCGGAGGAGGAAAGUGCUGGCACUUCUCAGACUGACGGGGUUCAGGGAAAGAGUUGUGUGAUCUUAGGCCUCCACAACCAGUAACCAGUAGCCAUAUCCCCCAUGGCAUGUGGUCCCAAGUCGACUUAUUGCUCCUUUAGACUUGUUUCCCAUUGCUUGAGGAGCGUUUGCUGAAAAACCCUCUGUAAAAUCACCAUUCUCUGGCAGAAUACUUUGAAGGGUUAAGUCAUGUAGAAGUUGACCCCUCAAGUCUUUUUUGAAGAUCUCCUAUGGUGGGAUGAAGACUAUGCCUUCAGGAUUUUUGGAGCACUUUUAAAUGCCAGGCUGAAAAAUGCUUUUCUAUGAUAUGUGCAUUUCCACUUAACAGACUGCUUGCAAUACCCAGCAGACUAGCAACUUAUGCAAUGAACAGCUGCACUUGGACAACAGAUUGGUUCUCUUUUUUACAACCACAGUACUUCAUACCCUAGGGUCCUAACCAGCACAUAUAGGGUGAAUGCACCAAUUUGUAAGUCGCUCUGGAUAAGAGCGUCUGCUAAAUGACGUAAAUGUAAAUAUAUUCAUCCACUUAGCAGGAAUUAUAUUUGUACUUUUUUACUUGAGUUUCUCCUUUCGUCUAAGUAGUUACUUUCUUGAAAGUAUUGUUGAAGAUUUUUUUUUUUUACUUUAUCAGUGAAGCAUUCCCUCAUUAACUUAUUUAUUUUUCUGUUGUCCAUAUUAGGAUUACUAUUAAUGUUCUGUGUUUGUUGGUUUUUGAACGUAUUCAGGUCAGCUAUUUGUCCCCAUCUUUCCAUAAUUUUUGUCUUCGUCAUCCAUUCGUUAAACACAAUAAAAACGUGUUUUCCAGAUUAUUUAUUGGUUAAGGCUUAUGUGUUUUUUGUGAAUAUUAUUUUUUUCCUUGCAUGGUAAAGCGUCGAUUUUUCACCCCAAAAAAAAGACUGCACAUAAGCUUAGAAAUAUUUAGAGACCGGCUUGCUGGAGGACUUAUUGCACAGGUGUUAAUCAUUUCUCGUUAGCUGUCCACUUUUGUUAAAGCCAACCCCUUGAGAAACUAGCUUUCGACUGUUCCUUAAACCAACUUUCUAGAUGUCCUAGGACAGGGUAAUGAAAUAUGAUGUUGCAUACUUAGCCCGAGGUGGCUUUGGAAAAACGUGCUCCCUGAUAUGGAGGAUUCCAUGUAUUUUGAGUCUGACUAUAUGAGUUCAAGUACUUUUACCGAAUUCCACACUCCAUGGUAAGCUAGAGGAAGGCCCUCAAAAUUGUCAAAGACUCCAGCCACCCUAGUCAUAGACUGUUCUCUCUGCUACCGCACGGCAAGCGGUACCGGAGUGCCAAGUCUAGGUCCAAAAGACUUCUCAACAGCUUCUACCCCCAAGCCAUAAGACUCCUGAACAGCUAAUCAUGGCUACCCUAACUAUUUGCACUGCCCCCCACCCCAUCUUUUUACGCUGCUGCUACUCUGUUAAUUAUUUUUGCAUAGUCACUUUAACUCUACCCACAUGUACAUAUUACUUCAACUACCUCAACUAGCCGGUGCCCCCGCACAUUGACUCUGCACCGGUACCCCCCUGUAUAUAUAGCCUCCCUACUGUUAUUUUAUUUUACUUCUGCUCUUUUUUUCCCAACACUUUUUUGUUGUUGUUUUAUUUUACUUUUUUUAUAAAAAAUGUCUGCACCUGUUGUAUUCGGCGCAUGUGGCCAAUAAAAUUUGAUUUGAUUUGAACACCAGAUAUCUGAAAUGGGUCAGUGCUGACUCCCACUCGCCCUAAAGAGACUUACCCAGCUAGUUUAGAUUUCAAACUCUAAACAUUGUGGUCUAUAGAUGGAACUCAAUAAUUGGAAAGCAGUGUCAGUGAAGUUCCAGUAAUUUGUAAUUGUAUGUAUGGUCAAAAAUGUGUCAUCUAUGACAACAUUGAAAGCAAACGAAGACAGGUUUCUAGUAAGUACUAGCAAACACAUGUCUGUCACAAAAGGUAUAAGGAAUGGCACUAUCAAAGAUACAAUAAACCUGCUGUCCAUUCAGAUUUCGUAGUGUCUUUCACUCAUUUAGAGGCUUGACUUAGUACUCAUGUACAAUGACCAAGCAAUGACCGUAUAGCUACAAACAGGUUGAACUGGUGAGAUUCAUGCUCUUGUGUGAAAAGAAGUCAUAGUGGUUGUAGUAGUUUGAAUAUGUCACUUCAUCUCAAGCGACUCAUGUAAUACUUAUCUGCCCAUUUAAAAAUAGAACUAGCCAAAUGACCCAAUUAGGGUUUUGAUGGUGGACUACUGUGAAAUGUAUUUCCAGGUGAACAGAAGAAGUGCAGUCGCAGAUAAAGUCAAUCAUAAAUCAAUUCGGUUUAAUACAAGUUGCAACAGGGAGAUAACAACACUACCCCAAGAGGCUUGUAGGAAGGAAAGAACAAAAGGCAGUGACUUUGUCAGCUGCUACAGAUUCAGUGUUUCACAGAAUACAAUAAUAAUCAGUGUCCUAAGUCAUUGUACCUCCAAUCACUAUCAACAGAUAUGAGUUUAAUCCAUAACACGUGACCAACCAGAGUGUUAAAAACAGAACACUGGAAAUCAUGUGUAUUACAGAAAGGGAAAAUAUAUAUAAAUAUGCUAAACAUUUUGUUAAUCACUCUAAACUGAAUAUUAACUUUAUUAAUCUUAAAUAUUCCCAUUACAACUACCAUCUAUUGUUUUAGUUGAUUGGUCUUUGGCACCAUUGACAAAUAUGAAUCUAAAUGUAUUGAUUAAGUGUAAAAUUAGUUAUACAGUCAUGUCACACUCGCAUGGUCAUCAUUUCCAAGUCAUACUCUUACAAGUAAUGUAAUAAAACCAUCAGAAUAGGAGGUGUGGGUAAGCACUAUGCAAUCGUGAAUGUGUGGCAGGGCUCCACAGUGCGGCCAUUUUACUUGCAUAUGCACCUAAAUAUUUUGCUGUGUGACCUGGAAUUUAUAUUUUGGUGCGCCUAGACAAAUUUAAGGAUUCUAACUUUUAUUACCUCCAAAUAUUUUUUAUUUGUGCUCCUACAUUUUUCAACUUAGACGCACACGUGCUCCUUGUAAAACAAGGUCAGUGUAGAGCCCUGAAUGGUAGCAUCUGUCCGCCUUUGUGGUUUGGCAUGUGCAUGUUUAGAGUUGUCAAAUUUUGUUCUGAUAAUUUUUGGAUAUGAGUUUUGCCUGUUGUUCAUUAGUAAUGGUCACUGGAUUGUUAGAUUCUAAUGCCAUGUUCCUUUUGAAAAAUAUCAGAUGAACCUCGACGCGAUCGGAAAAGAGCGAGACACAGAGGUACUUAACCUUCUCCCUUUUUUAUUCUCUGCUGAGAGUAAAACUUGAAGAAGCUCUGAGUAGCCGACUACACCAUAUGUCUAUUUUCAGAUGCGUGAAUGCAUGGCAUUCCAUUCAUGGAAAGCAGGUCUGCUAGUUAAAGAAACCUGUAUAUUUGGCUAAAGUUUUGAAGUCUUAACAUUGCUAAAUUGGUGUUGAUUUUUCGUUGGUCAUUUAUUUAAUUUUUUUCUUAGCCGACUUAAUCGAACCAGAAUCUCCAAAAACAAAGGUCAAGAAAAAAGAGGCGGCUACUGAGACAGAAGGUACUUUGUUGUGGAUGAGUGUCCAGAUUGCUUUGUAGUUUGUCUAGUCCAUGCUCUCAAAAUACGUUGUAGCAUUUUGUCUGCUUUUCCAUGUUAUCAACAUGCACAUUUUAGUUUUUUGGGGGGACCUGUAACUUAGUCUGUUUUUAAGGUCUGGCUGGUUUUUAGUUUUAUUAAUUCGUACUGAAUUUGCCCCUGACUUUGUGACUUCACCCACCGCUGCUAUUUGGCAAUGCCAGAUGAGGGGUGGCCCAAGUAGAUUCUGUGUGCAUUUUUACUACCAAUACUCCGAAAGCUGUAUGUCAAAGGCUUUACUAUUAGAUUGUGAGAGAAAAUCUUAGCCCUACUGGAUAAUAAAUAUUUGCCUAUGGGUAAGCUUGCCAAUGGUGUCAAUGAAAGCUGAGUGAGGUACAAGACUUCUCUCCACCUGUUAUUGGUUGAGCUUGGUUUUGUUCUGUUGUAAUGGUUGCUCUCCCCUACCAUAGGUAAGCUGUGAUUCGGCUAUUCCUAUUGGUGGUUGAGCACCAAGCAGAUACACCAGUCUUGCUGAGACUAUAUCCGUAUUUUAACUUUUUGUUUUCUUAAACCUCAGAUGAAAAUCCAGGACGUGUUUCCAAGAGAGAAGCCAAAAAGGGUAUUGCAUGAGGAACAGUGUGGGUUCCAGUGUGCAGUAGAGUUUGAGCUAUAAAGGUCUUGCUUACCCUAAUAACUAUAUUGUGAUCUUUUGAAUUUAAGUGUACUAGUAGAAUUAAAUUUGAAUUUCUGAAAAAAUAUUACUGCUUCUUGGCAUACAAUCAUGAAUUGGUUUCUAGCCACAUGCUGUAUUUGACUACCCCUUUUGUAGUUAUAGGGUAUUUUGUAUGAAAUAAUUUAAAUCCACCAUGUCUGCGUGGUGUGCUGACUGUAAUAUUGGACAACAUCAUAUAACUGUUGGACCAACUGAAUCCCAUCCGUGUAGUAAAACGUGUUUGACCACAGACGUUGUCUUUGUUGUCAGAUCAUGCCCCUAUACACCUUUAAAUAUUGACAGGGCGAAACCUUUCCAAAGUGCAGAAAGAUGCUACUUAUCCUAACAUUCCCAGUCAGCAAAUCCAAUUACCCAUGGUGCUUUGCAACCUACUAAACGCUUGAAGUGUGGUCAGCAAUAUGCUUGCGUUGUGACCCUAGCAGCCUGGCAGUGAAAAAACGGUGAAAGCCGCUAAACGGUAUUCUCGUGUCCCAGAAAACCCUCUGACCAAAGACGUGGGCUGGAAGCUGAGGGAGGCCCUGAAACAGCAGCUGGCCAUCAUCCAUGAUCGAGUGGAGGCCAAAAAGAUUGCCAAGAUGGCUCUGGCCGAGGUGAGGAACAUCCUGGCCAGGGAGAAGGAGAAGGUCCCAGGGGUGACGAGGGACGAGGCAGCAAAGAAGGCUAAGGUGGCGAUGGCAGCUAGGAUGGAGGACAAGAUGGAGAAGGAGGAGUUUGAGAAGGGCAAGAUUAGGAGAGACAAAGAGCAGAAAGAGAAGGAGGGAGAAAAUAAGGACGAGAAGGGCAAGAAAGCUAAGAAGAAUGUGACAAAGCCAGACAAGAAGUCAGGGAAAGAGGUGGAGGGUAAGAAGGUGGAGGCCCCCAAAAACGCCAAAAGUAAAAAGUCCCCCAAAGCUGCUGCUAAAAAGCUCAAGGUGUCUGAUAAGGGGGUCCGGAAAUGAUGCUAAACUCUUCACACCUGCACUGAUGUUGGUGAUCAUUCACUCCCUCUGGUGACACGGGAUGUUAAAAGAUUCAGGAGAAUUGUGAGAGAUCUCCAGUGACAGACCCCUGCGAAUGGGAGUAUGAAACCCCCUACUGUGCAGGACAGUUUUAGCCACUCCCUACUUGUGAAAAAAUCAUAAUGUUGUCCUCUAUAGAAGUAUGAACUUGACAAGGAAAGGUGCCAAGUGGACAGCAAGGUGCUAUAAGCUUAGAAUCAGAUGUGGUUUAGUUAUGUGUUAAUUUACAUCAGAAAAUAUAGCUUUAUAGAGUCGCUAGACAGGAAAUGUGUAGAAAUAGGACAUAAUGAUUUAUUUUGCAGUUGGUGAAGAUGGAACUCCGAAGUGGAUUUGAAAGGAUCAGCUAUGUGGGUGUUCUUUGUUAAUAAAGUUGCUGGAUUCUUGAAGGUUUCCUGUUAUCAAGUGC